AUCAGCCGCCUCUGAUGCACUCAAUCAAAUGGCAUCCAACCCAACUAAUUUGACUCGUACCUCCAGCGUCGCACGCACAACUACCCAAGGCCUUCAGAGAGCAUCGUCACUCGUCAUUCCCCAACGGAAGGUAGCCGAAACCAAGCCUUCCAUAGUGCCUGCCCCGCUUACAGGCGCACUUCUUCGCCAUCAAACUCGCCCAGUAUCGUCCGUUCCAGCAUCGUUGACUUCGAAGAAUUUAGAAGAAACCCAAAGGCAAAAAACCUCUGGCUCUUUGCCAGUUAACAAGGACAAGCCAAAAGAGGAUCGGUUAAGACAAUGGGCGGCAGGCGUGGCAAAUGCAGUGGACGUUGCCAAGCAAAAAGAAAAUGUCGCGGUCGCUCCUACUCAGACUACCAGCAGGAGGCAGCUAGGAUCCACGAAAACUUCCGUUUUGUUAAGCAAAAGAACGUCCCAGUAUUCUGUUAAGUCAGGGCUUCCGGCGUCGGACGUGCCUGCCCCAACGUUGUGUCGUCAGAGACCCUCUCUAUAUGGUCUUCAGCCAAGUUCCAAGAUGACGUCCGUGGAAGCUUUACCACUCUCUUCGCAGACACACGCUUCUGCCAAAGAGGAAGUCAAGCCCACGAGCGGUAUCCGUUCGCGACCAUCUUUAUAUAGCAUGCGAUCUGGAAUUGCAAGUGCUUCAGCCCUUCCUGAAACGACUCGACCCUCCUCGAAUAUUCGCCCCAAUGGUAUCACAUCAAAGAAACCGAUAGAAUUGAAAACGAGCGCGCUCACUGCUGCUAAAUCGUUGUCACGCGCAGCCUCCCUUCUUCGCGGUACCACUCGAUCCAAACUGCCAUGAGAUCAUGUUCUUCUCUAGCGACCUAAGUCGCAUUUCUGAUUCUUGACAGCUUCCUUGUCCCGUGUACGUAUCUAGUUUGGAACUGCCUUCACGAGCUACGUGCUAUGAUGUUAUAGUAUUUCAUGACCUCGACAUCUUGUUGCUAUUCCUUACCCCUUGUACAUAAACUUCACGAAGUCCGGACCCACCUAUUCAGCGCUAGGAGGUACCGUGUGAUUACAUAAAGUUUGAGACGA